UAUCACAUAGUUUGGGAGAUAAUAAAUGCCAUUUGUACGUGCGUUGUUUCGAAUGGUUCUACUGAAGUGUGCUGACUUCCAUUUUAAAAGUUAAGUUCACUUGGAUAACCCCAACGAUGGAGCACCUGUCUAUAUUCGUAGGUCAGAUGUCUUUGGCAGAUGAAAGCAGAGCAGAGAGCAGAAUCUCAUCCGAAUAUACUAAUAUUCGUGCUUGUUCUUCUAACAUCAAGAAAGAUUUGGGCCUUACGACGGAAACUGGGGCGUUAAAGGACAAUGUGAAAAAAAACCGGUACAAAGACAUUUUACCAUAUGAUCAAACCCGUGUGCCCCUAACUCUAUUGACCAGGGAGAAUGAUUCAGACUAUAUCAACGCCAGCUUCAUUAAGGGUGCAACAAAGACCAGAAAAUACAUAGCAACCCAAGGCCCUCUGAGCAACACUUUGGUGGACUUCUGGCGAAUGAUUUGGCAGUAUGAUGUAAAGGUCAUCAUUAUGGCUUGCAGAGAAUUUGAAAAUGGAAAGAAAAAGUGUGAGUGCUACUGGACAACUUUCAAAGAAACAGCGCCUUUUGGUCCCUUUAUAGUCUCAAAUAAUGAGGAAUCCAGCCCAAAUGAGGAAGUAGUUGCUCGGACUCUGACAGUGCAGUAUCAUGAUGAAACACGGACCAUCUCUCAAUACCAAUACACAGCUUGGCCAGAUCAUGACAUUCCAUACAAAGCUGAUGGUGUUUUAGGAAUGAUGGAUAUGGCCCGGAAAACCCAGGGAAACAACACAAGUCCCAUUCUCAUCCACUGCAGUGCUGGUUGUGGAAGAACGGGGGUGAUUUGUGUCCUCGAUUAUGUCCAUGAGCUUCUCGUGACAAAGCAAAUCAAAGAACAUUUUAGUAUCCAGGACAUUGUAAUAGAACUGAGGAGACAGAGGCCAUCAGCUGUUCAGACAAAGGAGCAGUAUCAGUUUUUGUUUUCUGCCGUGGCUUACAUGUUUGAGAAGGCUUUACAUGAGAACAAUUACCAGAAUCUGACCGAGAGUAAUAAACCUCUCUGUGGUGACGUUGGGUCUGAGAAGACAUAUACGAGGGAUUCUAGUUUGCAGCCUAAGGAGCCAAAACAUCUCCAACGGAAGAUGAAUGACACCUAUGCUGUUGUCAACAAGUCCAAACAGCUCCCACCACCAGAGUCUUCCGUCACUCCACUCAGCACUCUCCAUCACUAUGACAACGCAGAACUGGGCACAUCCAAAUGUCCUGUCGGUGCUGUCUAUAGCUCAGUCAAGCCCAAGACCAGGUGUCCUCCAGCCAACCUGCCUCCAGCUGCCUCAAGCGUAUAUGACACAGCGAGACCAUCCAAUCACAUGCUUGAAAAGGCCUUGUCGACUGUCUCAGACGAUGAUUAUGAAUAUGUCUUGGGUCCUAACAUAGACGAGACCAACACCUCUACUCCUGGUGGAAUGGGGUUCAACUGUCGCAUUAAAAAACCCAAGGGCCCUCGGGACCCCCCAGCGGAGUGGAGUCGUGUGGAGAGAUGAUACAGCAGCCAGGCCUGGCAACACUUUAAUCAUCCACUUCAUAAGCAAUGGGAAGGGACACUUUAGAAGAUUUAUUCAAACUUGCUUUGUGAUUUGAAAAAGAUCAGUCUUAAUCGCAUCUGAAAGAUUCAGCUGUCUGUAGUUUAUAAAGCAGUGUUUUCCAUUUUAUCUGCUGUGCCGUCUGUUAUUUCCGUUUAUAUAUUUUCCAGAUAUUUUGUACAGUCACUAUUUAUUUGGUGUGGUUUAUAUUGCUGAUGUAAGGAACACUGUGAAAAAAGAAUUCUGGAUGGCAAUUUAAUCCCUUAAAUAUAUUAAUUGGCAGACGUGUCUCAGAUAUAAAAGCUCUUUUGUCAGACACAAAAGAUGUUCUCUGGCCAAAAGGUGUGCUCUGUAGAAGGAGCUUUGCUCUGAAACAAGUUGAAAUGAAAUGUUGCCCUCCAGAAACCCUAUUCACACCUAGUUAGGCUUUUAUUUUAGCAAUAUAAUUUUUAAUAACUGAGUUUGAGCACAGCUCUUUUCAGCAAUCUAUUAUUAAACAAUUGUAAGACCGUUAUUGAAUACUAUUAUCCACUGGUUUAAAUAACAAUACAAUACCAUAAA